AUGCCUGAAUCAAUUGCCAUCAUUUCCACCGCGUGUCGGUUCCCUGGCGGAUCUAACUCACCGGCAAAGCUUUGGGAACUUUUGAAGGAACCGCGGGACAUUUUGAAGCCCAUUGAUGAGAGCAGGCUGCGCCUCUCCAAAUUCCAUCACGAUAAUGGCGAACACCACGGGAGCACCGAUGUUCAAGGCGCCUCAUACACACUCGAAGAGGAUUGCCGACUCUUUGAUGCUUCGUUUUUCGGCAUCAGCCCGCUUGAGGCAGACAUCAUGGAUCCACAGCAGAGGAUAUUGCUAGAAGUCGUCUAUGAAGCCUUCGAAGCAGCAGGCUAUUCAUUAGACCAGAUGCAAGGAUCUCAAACAUCAGUACACGUCGGUGUUAUGAAUGGAGAUUACUACGAUUUACAGAUGAGAGAUCCCGAGACUCUACCCACACAUACCGCCACUGGCACGGCGCGGAGUAUUCUUUCCAACAGGAUUUCAUACGCCUUUGAUCUCAAAGGUGCAUCAAUGACGAUAGAUACGGCAUGCUCAAGUUCACUUGUAGCACUACACCAGGCCGUUCAGGGUCUUCGAAAUGGCGAAGCCACCAUGGCGGUGGUUGGAGGCGCCAAUCUGCUUCUUGACCCUCUGAUGUACAUUGCAGAAUCCAAUCUACAUAUGCUUUCGCCUGAUUCGCGUUGCAAGAUGUGGGAUAAGUCAGCAAAUGGAUACGCCCGAGGCGAGGGUUUUGCUGCUGUCUUGCUCAAGCCUUUGAAGGAUGCUAUCCGUGAUGGAGAUCACAUCGAGGGUGUGAUUCGAGAGACUGCAGUUAAUUCUGAUGGACGCACCAAAGGAAUCACAAUGCCCAGUCCAACUGCCCAGGCUGCGAUGAUUAGACAGGCUUAUAAAAACGCGGGAUUAGAUCCUACCGUUGAUCGCUGCCAGUACUUUGAAUGCCACGGCACUGGAACUCAGGCAGGUGAUCCCGUAGAAGCCCAAGCAAUCAGAGACGCAUUCUUUCCUCUGGGCUCUGAUAUUCAAGAUGACAACAAAUUAUAUGUCGGCUCUAUCAAGACAAUCAUAGGGCAUUUGGAGGGAUGUGCUGGACUGGCAGGCCUCAUUAAAGCGCUGCUAGCUAUGAAGCAUCACACGAUCCCACCCAAUCUUCACUUCAAGGAGCUUAGUUCCAAAGUCGAGCCCUUCUAUCACAAUCUACAGAUCCCCACGAAAGCGAUACCAUGGCCUGAGACAAGCGACAAAUGCCUGAGGGCCAGUGUCAAUAGCUUUGGCUUUGGUGGAACAAACGCCCACGUCAUCCUGGAAAGCUAUGAGGGCGAAAAGCCAGCCCCGAUUGAGAUUCCCGAUGAUAAGUUCAUAGGACCUCUGGUAUUGUCAGCUAGCUCCGGUGUAUCGCUGAUAGAGUCUGUUAAGUCUUAUGCGGAUCGCAUACGAUCAGAUCCCUCUCUGGAUCUUGAGAAUCUGUCGUGGAUCUUACAGAAGAAGAGAAGCUCAUUAUCGUCUAAGAUCUUCUUUUCAGGUGCGACACGUCAGCGUCUGAUUGACUUCAUGGACAGAUUUGUUGAGGAUUCAUCUUCUGUGCCGCCGGAGACUGUAGGAAAUCAGUUUCAACCCAUUGAUCCCAAUGAGACGCCUGGUAUUCUGGGUGUAUUCACUGGUCAAGGAGCUCAGUGGGCCUCCAUGGGUCGUGGACUGUAUCAAUCAUCUCAUCUAUUCCGAAGCUCGAUCGAGCAAUGCGAAGCUGUUCUGAACAAGCUGCCAGAUGCUCCCAGCUGGUCACUUACUGAACAGCUCCUGGCUGACGAGGGCACUUCCCGCAUUUCUGAAGCAGAAAUCUCCCAGCCCAUCUGCACAGCGUUGCAAAUUGCUCUGGUUGAUCUACUAAGAGCUUCUGGCGUCAAGCUUGAUGCCGUGGUUGGUCACAGUUCCGGUGAAAUUGCUGCGACUUAUGCUGCUGGCAUUCUUAACCUUGAGAAUGCGAUGCAGAUUGCAUACUAUCGUGGCUUCCAUUCGCACUUGGCGAAGAAGAGUGUGCCAGGCGCCAUGAUGGCCGUUGGACUCAGUUUUGCAGACGCUUAUAGGUUCUGUAACCAGCCUGAAUACUUUGGACGCCUCAAGGUCGCUGCCAGCAAUUCCCCUCUCAGCGUCACACUGUCUGGAGAUGCAGAUGCCAUUAUGCAAGCUAAAGCACACUUUGAUGAAAGCAAGACUUUUGCAAGGCAAUUAAAGGUUGAUACAGCAUAUCAUUCACACCUUAUGAUUCCAUGCGCAGAGGCAUACCUGAAAUCACUGCUGGCCUGCGACAUCCAAAUCCAGAGCCCCCGAGAGGAUUGCAUUUGGACGAGUAGCGUCCGUGGUGACACUGACCUGCUAGAAGAUGGACUUGAGCCUCUCAAAGGACAAUACUGGGUGGAUAACCUCCUUGGUAUGGUUCAGUUCUCUCAAGCUGUAGAACAUUCGAUUUGGCACGGCGGCCCUUUCAAUGUUGCCAUCGAAAUUGGCCCUCACCCAGCGCUCAAGGGCCCGGCUGAACAAACUCUCAAGACAUAUUUCGGAACCGUCCCGAAUUAUGCAGGAUUGAUGAGACGUGGCGAUGACGAAGUUGAAGCCUUCUCCGGCGCAUUGGGAUAUGUGUGGUCUUAUCUUGGCUCCUCGGCCGUUGACUUUGACGGCUACCGCAAAGCAUUUGACCGUCAAACGUCCUCACAUCUGUUGAAAGACCUUCCAAGUUACGGCUGGGACCAUCGCAGGGCCUAUUGGAGAGAAUCCCGAGUCUCACGUAACUACCGCUUGCGCAAUGACAAGAGCCAUGAACUUCUCGGUCGCAGGACGCCCGACGACUCAGACCAAGAGUUGCGCUGGAGAAAUAUUGUCCGACUUCACGAGCUGCCAUGGAUUCAAGGCCAUUUGUUCCAGGGCCAAGUGCUGUUUCCCGGAGCAGGAUAUAUCGUCAUGGCUCUACAGGCGGGUGCAGAAAUUGCAGAUCAACGUGCUGUUGAGCUUUACGAAGUCACUGAUAUCUCCAUGGAUAGAGCCAUGGUGAUUCCAGAGGGUACGGCUGGCGUUGAAACAUUAUUCACUGCCCGACUACUAGAGAAGCAGUCCAAGCUUGAGUCGAGCGAGUCUUUGAGCUUCGAAUUCGCUUGCUACUUCUGCAACGAUGAGAACAAUGGUCAACCUGUGAAAGCUGCUUAUGGUCGCUUGACAAUUCUCUUUGGCGAGUCCAAAACUCAGCAUCUGCCCCCUCGACUGGUGCCGGCUUCGAACUUGGUCCCCAUCGACAUGGAUCGAUUUUACACGUCCAUGACCAGUGUUGGCCAAGAAUACCUGGGUGUCUUCCGCAGCAUCAAAGAUGGCAGGAGGGCAUUGGGAUUCUCAUCUACAGUUUCGUCGUGGGAGACUGAAAAUCUGAAGGGCAAUAAUUACGUUAUGCAUCCCGGCUUUUUGGACGUUGCACUACAAACCCUUUACGUCUCGUUUGCUUCUCCAGCUAGUGGAGGUUACUGGGCGCCAUAUCUCCCAGUGAAGGUCGGCCGGCUUUCGGUAAACCCACAUGCCACCUAUUCCAACGGCGUAAUGACUGAGAUGGAGGCAGAUAGCUUUGUUACGACGGGAUCGUCAACGCUGCUUAAGGGCGACAUCCACGUUUAUCCAAAAGGUGGUGCACAGACAACAUUGCAAAUCGAAGGGCUCGAGAUGAAAGCCGUCUCUGAGCCACAAGCCUCCAACGAUAAGCACCUGUUUUCUGAAACCGUUUGGCGCGCAGAUUCGUCCUUCAAUCUGGUGGACUUAGACACAGAAAUCGAGGACUUGGACGAUAUCCCACUAAUGGAGGCAUUAGAUCGCACAGCUGUAUACUAUUAUCGCAAAUUCCUUGCCGAUAUUGGCUCCACAGAUCGCAAGACGUUUGCAUGGUACCUCCAGCUGAUGACUACUGCGGCAGAGGAGCUCAUAGAACGUGCUGCAAACGGUGACCAUCCAGUCAUAAAGCCAGAGUGGCUUGAAGAUUCCGCUGAAGUCAUUGAAGAGUUGACCAAGACACAUGGAGAGAGCGUCCAUCUCAAGCUGAUACGUGCCGUGGGCGACAACCUGCUCAAGCUCGUGGCUGGCAAAGUGCAAAUUCUCGAGGUGAUGAUAGCUGAUGAUAUGCUCAAUCGAUUCUAUGUAGAAGGUUACAAUUUCUCAAUCCUCAACAACAAAAUCGGACAGGCUAUGAAGCAGAUCACAUUCAAGAAUCCCCAGGCAGUUGUCUUGGAGAUUGGUGCUGGUACGGGAGGCACGACAAGAAGUGUUUUUGAUGCAAUUGACAACGCUUACUCUUCAUAUACAUUCACCGAUAUCUCGACCGGAUUCUUUGAGAAUGCUGAAGAGAGAUUCCGUGACCACAGCGGCAAGAUGACGUUCAAGGUCUUGGACAUUGAAAAGGACCCCCAGAGCCAGGGAUUCGCCGAGAACACUUACGAUGUCAUCAUUGCUGCCAAUGUUUUCCACGCGACCCGAACGCUAGGCGAUACGAUGCGCCAUGUCAGGAGUCUCCUGAAGCCCGGCGGCUUUCUGCUCAUGCUCGAAGUGACUGGUCCAGAACUUCUGAGAACGCAUUUCAUCAUGGGCGCCUUGUCUGGAUGGUGGUUGGGUGGUGAUGACGGUCGUGUUUUGUCGCCAGCUUUGACAGCCUCUCAGUGGGAUGAGCUGCUUCAAGAGACAGGAUUCUCCGGCGUCGAUACCAUAUUCUAUGAUACAGCUGAUGAGGCCCAACACUCAGUUUCAUUUGUCCUGAGUCGAGCAACGGACUCACAAGUUGAACUGCUGCGUAACCCUCUCUCUAGAAUUCACGAUAUCCAAGGCGAGCAGCCCAUCUUGAUCGUUGGUGGCAAGUCAUUGUUCACAACACAAAUUGUUACAGAUGUCCAGAAGUCAUUGUCGCACUGGAAGAAGCGAAUUAUUAAAGCCAAGAGCUUGGACGAUGUGCCUGUGUCGACUCUGGUGCCUGGAACGUCUGUUCUCUUCCUCGGAGACCUUGACAAGCAAGUUUUCUCAGACAUGACACCGGAAAGAUUGAUGCGACUACAGAGUCUCUUCCUCACGGCAAAGAACGUCCUCUGGAUCACUGAAGGCAGAACAGCCAAAAAUCCAGAAGCGAAUAUGAUAGUUGGAGUUGGUCGCACUCUGUGGACAGAAAUGGCACAUCUGAAGCUCCAGUUCCUAGACAUCGAUACUGACGUCCGGUCUCGAGACAUUUCCAAGAUUAUCACUCAGACCUUCUUGAGGCUAGAAGUCUUGUCUCACCCAGAGUACGAUGGCGACAACAGCCUUUGGCAAGUAGAGCCCGAGUUGAUCUAUGAUGGAGAAAAGAUGCUCAUCUCCCGAAUCUUGCCAAACAAGGCCCUGAAUGAUAGACACAAUGCCAGCAGACGACCAAUUAAGCAGACUCUCGAUCUGCAAACCGCAGCCGUCGAUAUUGUCCAAGAAGGAAAGUCAUUUGUGCUUGUUUCAUCCGCUCCAGGUGCAUUCAUGGAGGACGACCAGAUUCAAGUCAAGUACUCGCUGUCUCUGUACAAUGACGCUCAUUACCCUGUGUUCCUCAACAUCGGUUCGAACUCGCACACAGGAGAAACAGUGAUUAGUCUCAGCACAUCAUGCUCAUCUACUUUGGAUGCGUCUAAUGCUAUCAGCCUUGGUGACGUACCUUGCGACGCCCAAGUGUUGGAAUCGAUCGCAUGCAAUAUCCUCUUGGAUCUCAUCCGCAGCAAAAUGCCAACUAAAGGUACAGUCUUGUUUUACGAGCCUCCAAAGGCCUUAGUUCACCAAUUACAAUCCGAUGCCGAUUUGAAGAACAGAGAAUUCCGCUUUGUGUCCACGGGCCCCAAAUACUCGUCGCCCGGCUGGAUUCAACUGUUCCCAAGAGCCUCGCAAACUGCCAACAGGCUUUUGCUACCGCUCGACACAUCUUGCGUUAUCAAAUUCCAGAAUGCUUCAGGUUUCAAUCUAGAGAGUAUUUUGCCACCAAAUACCUCGAUUCUGGGCGUAUCUGAUGUUCUGCACGAAUUUCAGAGUAAAUUGCACAAAGAUCUGCCUGGUUUCUUGAGCGAUCUACAUCAGUCCAACUCUGAUCUCAUCCACACACAAAUGAUGACAGUGUCUAACCUUCUCGAAUCGUCACCUGAGAGUUUACCAAGUUUCUUUAUUAUUGACUGGAGUGACUCAGGCGUACUAGACGUAGCUCUUAAACCAUUGGAUGUAUCCAAGGCAUUCUCGAGUAAGAAGACCUAUCUCCUGGUGGGCAUGACCAAAGAACUUGGCCUCUCUCUAGCCCAGUGGAUGGUCAAAAACGGCGCCCGUCAUCUUGCGCUCACCAGCCGAAGUGGUAGCGUAGAAGAUCCUGGAUGGGUUCCAGCAAUGAAGGCACACGGAGCAAAUGUGCAACUCUUCAGCAUGGACGUCUCGGAUCUGGAAUCAGUUAUUGGCGUCGUCGAGACUAUUAACAAGACCAUGCCGCCUAUCGCGGGAGUGUGCAACGCCGCAAUGGUUCUGUCAGAUGGUUUAUUUGCGGACAUGAGCUUUGAUGUAUUGCAAAACACGCUGAAGCCAAAGGUGGAUGGAAGCCGAAACUUGGACCAAGUAUUCUACAAUACACCUCUCGACUUCUUCGUCUUGUUCUCUUCUAUGGCGAGUAUCAUCGGAAAUCCCGGACAAGGUCAAUCUAUGGAAGAUCAUCUGCGCAAGAUGUUCUUCUUGCCUCUUUCAGAAUCUGACGUACAUCAGCUGUUUGCGGAGAGCGUUUUGGCAAGCCAGGACACUGUUUACGGACUGGAGCCUUUCGUAGACUCGCCCGAAGCGCCGAAGCGACCACCGUGGGAAGGAAACCCUCGCUUUUCUCAUUUCAUGCGCAAGGAAGCAUCUAGCAAUGAAGUUUCCAAGGAUCGUGCUCUAGACACUGAUUACAAGCAGCGUCUGCAAAGCGAUGAACCGGAAGAUUCUCUGAUUGAAAUGGUUCAGCAAAUCUUCGGACGGAAGCUGGAGGCCAUGAUGCAGCUGUCGCCCAACAGCAUCAAUCUCAACGUGCCUUUGAUCGACUUGGGUGUCGAUUCCUUAUUGGCUGUCGAAAUCAGGAGCUGGUUCUUGAAGAAACUUGGCAUGGAUGUCCCAGUCCUGAAGGUUCUUUCAGGUGAUACAACAGCGCAGUUGUGCGAGGACGCAACCAGAAGAUUCCUGGGCCUCAAGCUGAAACAGAUUUCAGCGUCCAAACCGGAGCAGCAGCUAGAAGUUCUGAAAGUUAAAACAGAAGCGCCAAUUUCACAGAGCAGUAAAUUUCUUUCAAUCCAAACACCAGCCUUACAAGCUAGUACCGCGUCCAAUUCGAGCGGCCAUGAAGACGAUUCCGCACAUUCAUCGGGUGAUUCCAUCAGCGUCCCGGACAUUCAUACUCCCAAUGAAGAGUGCUCUCAAAAUUCGUUUAACUCGAGUUCGACGAAUCUUGUUGAUUAUGAGGCUGAGGUGCUAGAAUUUGGACUCAACCAGACUAUCAAAGAAGCUGACAUUAUGUCUCACGCCCAAUCUCGGUUGUACGUCGCGCAGAACUACGUCAAUGACCCAACCACCUACAACGUCACAGUCACCUAUCAAAUCCGAGGAAACCUCCAGAUCCUAAGGUUCAAGCAGGCACUCAACUCAGUGAUGACUCACCACGAAUCGUUACGAACAUGCUUCUUCAAAGAUGAAAACACUGGUCUUCUCAAACAAGGUGUCUUGCCAUCUCCGUCUUACUACCUCAGAAUCGUGCAGUCUAAACAAGACGAUGCCGUAGACCGAGAAAUUGCUUUGUUCAAAGCAAAACACUGGGACUUGGAACAUGGAAGAACGUUUGGAGUUUCUUUGAUCGUCCAAUCACCGGAAGUGAGCACUAUUAUCUUCGGCUAUCACCACUUGGUAAUGGACGGUUUGAGCUGGCAUCUCUUCCUGCGUGAUCUUAGCACAGCAUACCAGCUUCGCCCAUUGGCGAAAACGUCGAGUAGCUACAUCCAAUUCGCAAAGAAACAGCAAGCAGCUAUUGAAAGCGGCGAUUUCGCUGGAGAUUUGCAAUUCUGGAAGCAACUCCAUGACCAACCAGCGGAGCCCCUGCAACUGCUUCCAAUUACCAGUGUUGUUGCACGUAAACCGCUGACCCAAUACGCCAGCCACGUUCAAUCCCGAGUCAUCGAUACAGAGCUCGUGUCUCGCAUCAAACAAGCUAGCAAAGCUUUGAGAGUAACUCCGUUCCACUUUCAUCUUAGCAUCGUUCAACUUAUCCUCUCACGAUUCUUGGCACUAGACGACAUUUGCAUUGGUGUGACUGAUGCCAACCGUUUGGAUGAAGACUUUUCAGAAACUGUUGGAUUCUUUUUGAACCUUUUGCCAUUGCGUUUCCAGGUAGAUCAAAACAGUACUUUUAGUCAACUUGCCGCCAAUACGUCCCGCAAAGCUCUUGAGGGUCUGGCCCAUUCGGCCGUCCCCUUUGAUGUUAUUCUCGAUCACCUCGAUGUUGCUAGAUCACCAGCCUACAGCCCUCUUUUCCAAGUAGCUGUCAACUAUCGAGUUGGAGCUUUGUUGAAGACAUCCAUGGGUGAUUGCGAAAUCGAGCUCACUCAGGUCGAGGAUGCUAAGAAUCCCUAUGAUAUCAGCUUUGGGGUCACAGAGAUAACCUCUGGCACCUGUCUUAUUGAGCUCACAUGCCAGAAUGCGCUUUACACUGUGGAGGAUUCUCAGACGUUGAUGGACAUCUACAUCUACUUGCUUGAGACACUGUCCUCAAACACAGACAUGAAAGUCAAAGACUGCCCUUUGUUCGACAGUAACGCCAUCUCUCAGGCAAUUGAACUGGGCAAAGGGCCAGAUGUCUCUUACGACUGGCCGCCAACACUUUCGGCGAGAUUCAAUGAGGUGCAGAGAGCAUACCCCAAUGACAUUGCAGUCAAGGAUGGACUCAGGGAUGCUUCUUACUCUCAGUUAUCGAACGAAGCCAACGGUAUCUCGCAGCUCAUUCUCGCACAUGAUGGAUCUCCGGGUGCCCAUAUCGCAGUUCUAUGCGAACCAUCUGUAGACUCGGUCGCCUGUAUGCUUGCCAUCCUUCAGGCGGGAUGCGUCUACAUCCCACUGGAUCUGAGCCUUCCAGCCGCCCGUCACAUAUCGAUCCUGAAUGAUUGUGACCCUGCAUUUGUCAUCGUUCAUGAAGCUACCAAGGAAGCCGGUACGCAAUUGAUUGCGGCAUCGCAAACUAGGGCUCAAUUACUCAACGUAUCUGAUGUAAAAGCCAAGGAUGAACAGGUUUUGAUUCAAGGACAGGCAGACGCACCCGCAUUUAUCCUGUACACCAGUGGUUCCACGGGGAAACCGAAAGGAGUUGUCCUCUCCCAGGCCAAUUUCGCCAAUCACUUGGCCGUCAAGACCCAAGAGCUUCUCAUUGAGCGCGAAGUAGUCCUUCAACAGAGCUCUCUAGGCUUCGACAUGUCCAUCAUCCAAACAUUCGUAGCUCUUGCCAAUGGCGGCAAACUGGUCAUCGCCUCACGCGAGAAACGUGGCGACCCUAUUGCACUUUCUGAGCUGAUGCAAAAGGAGGGUGUCACAUUCACAAUUGCUACGCCUACUGAGUAUCUCAUGCUAUUGCGAAAUGGUGAAGAAUAUCUCAAAAAUUGCACUUCAUGGCAACAAGCAUGCAUGGGAGGUGAGGUGGUGUCAUCACAACUACUCCAUCAGUUCAGAUCCUCUCAAGUCUCCGUAAAGCAGCUUACAAACUGCUAUGGACCAACUGAAAUCACUGCCGCGGCAACCUUCCAAGAUUUGUCCCCAGCAUUAAUAAAUGCCUCAUUCCAAGUAACUGAAGGUUUGAUCGGCAAGGUUUUGCCUAAUUACUCGGUCAAAAUUCUCGAUUCCAGCGGCAAAGCGGUACCACUUGGUGUGUGUGGCGAGAUCGCCAUUGGUGGCCAAGGUGUCGCAUCGGGAUAUCUUCAUCUACCUGAAUUGACUGCAGAGAAAUUUGUACUUGACUCACAAAGUGCCCAAAAGGAUGCUAGAAUGUACAGGACAGGCGACAAGGGUAGACUACGCCGCGACGGUUCACUAGAAUUCCUGGGCAGACUCGACCAAGAUUCGCAAAUCAAGCUUCGCGGUCUUCGAAUCGAACUUGGUGAAAUUGAGCAUGUUCUCGCUCAGGCCAGCGAAGGCCUAUUCUCCGAUGUUGUGGUUACAGUCAAAGGUGACCCGGCCGUUCUGGUCGCCUACGUUGUUCUCAACAAGGACAGGACCGCGGAUCGAGCAACACUACAAGCCAUCAUUUCGAAAUUGCCUCUUCCGCAAUACAUGAUUCCUGCUGCUAUUCAAGUUCUUGAAAGGUUACCAACCAAUGCCAGCGGAAAAACAGACAGGAAAGCAGUCGCGAGCCUCGACUUUGUCCUAGUAGCGGAAGGCAGCCAUUCCAACGAGCGCCUGGACUUGUCUGAGGGAGAAUUACUGCUGCUCUGGCAAAAGGUUCUUCCUAAUACAAACGAACCUCACAUUUUGGACCGUAACUCAGACUUCUUCUUGCACGGCGGAAACUCACUGCUACUCAUGAGGCUUCAAGGUGCUAUUAAGGACUCCAUGGACAUCUCAGUCCCCAUCAGCGAACUGUACCAAGUCAGCACGCUCGGAAAGAUGGCUACCCAUCUCCGCAACAAACGAGACGAAUUGGCUACUGAAUUCGAACCCAUCGACUGGGAGCUGGAGACUGCCAUCCCAGACCAUAUUCUGGCUAUAACACAGGACUCGCAGCCAUCAACUCCAUUGAGUGCAGGAGGGCACGAGAUUGUACUCACGGGAUCGACGAGCUUCCUCGGAGCAGCAGUUCUGAAGGCUUUACUAAAGGAGCCCACAGUCAAGAAAGUCCACUGCAUCACCGUCCCCAGUGAUCAGAUCAGCAAGCUUCCAGUUCAUCCUAAAGUUGUCCACUACCAAGGCACCCUUUUGUCACCUACCCUCGGACUCUCAGAGACAGAGCGCUUGAAGCUGCAAACAUCGGCUACUUGCAUCAUCCAUGCCGGUGCAAAUGGGCACUGCUUAAACAACUACUCAUCUCUACGCGUGCCCAACGUGCAUUCCACACACUUCCUAGCCUCACUAGCUCUACCACGAGGCAUCCCUAUCCACUUCAUCUCAUCAAAUCGAGUGGCUCUUCUCUCAGGAAGCAUGCAACCGGCGGCCGAGUCCAUGUCAAGAUUCACUCCCCGUACAGAUGGCGCAGAGGGGUUCACAGUGGCCAAGUGGGCGAGCGAGCGAUUCCUCGAAACCCUUGCUGAGAAAGCCCAUCUCCCCGUCACAAUCCACAGACACUGCAUCUUAACGGGUGACGAAGCACCCAACGAAGAUGCUGUGAACGGUGUCAUGAAAUAUUCUUCAUUGACUCGUGCAGUUCCGCUAUUUGCGAACUUUGAUGGAUUCUUUGAUCUCAAAGAUGUCCAUGCCGCCGCCGCUGAUAUCGCAACCAACGUUCUGUCAGAAGACAGUACAGACAGAGGAGUGCGCUUUAUCCACCACUCCAGCGGUGUAAAAGUCCCUAUAUCAGACUUUAAAAAGCACCUGGAGAAGCUCUACAGCGGAGUCUUUGAAGAAGUGACAAUGGAUGAGUGGAUUGGCAAAGUGCUUGAGGCAGGCAUCGAUCCACUGAUUACCAGCUAUUUGCAGGCAAUGGCUGAGAAGGAGGAGGUGAUUCAGUUUCCAUUUUUAGGAGUUUCUUGA